CGGGGCAUUGUGGGCCGAGGGGCGGGGGUUGGGAAGAUGGCGGCUCCCAGCCUCCUCAACUGGAGGCGGGUUUCCUCCUUCACCGGGCCGGUGCCCCGCGCCCGGCACGGACACCGAGCCGUAGCCAUCCGGGAGCUGAUGAUCAUCUUCGGCGGGGGCAACGAGGGCAUCGCCGACGAGCUGCACGUCUACAACACCGUUACAAAUCAGUGGUUCCUACCAGCUGUCAGAGGAGACAUCCCUCCAGGCUGUGCGGCCCAUGGAUUUGUCUGUGAUGGCACUAGAAUACUAGUGUUUGGGGGCAUGGUUGAAUAUGGAAGAUACAGCAAUGAACUAUAUGAGCUACAAGCAAGUCGUUGGCUAUGGAGAAAAGUGAAACCCCAGCCUCCUCCUUCCGGCUUACCUCCUUGUCCUCGUCUCGGACAUAGUUUCUCUUUAUAUGGUAACAAAUGCUAUUUGUUUGGCGGUCUGGCGAAUGAGAGUGAAGAUUCCAAUAACAAUGUCCCCAGGUAUUUAAAUGAUUUCUAUGAGCUGGAACUACAGCAUGGUUCUGGUGUCGUGGGCUGGAGCAUUCCAGCCACGAAAGGCAUUGUACCUUCUCCAAGAGAAUCCCACACUGCUAUUAUAUAUUGUAAAAAAGACUCCGGGAGUCCUAAGAUGUAUGUGUUUGGUGGAAUGUGUGGUGCUCGCCUGGAUGACCUAUGGCAGCUUGAUUUAGAAACUAUGUCAUGGUCAAAACCAGAAACGAAGGGGACAGUGCCACUUCCGCGGAGCCUUCAUACAGCCAGUGUUAUAGGAAACAAGAUGUACAUUUUUGGUGGAUGGGUUCCCCACAAGGGGGAGAAUCCUGAGAAUUCACCUAAUGAUUGCGAGUGGAGAUGUACGAGCUCAUUUUCUUACCUGAAUCUAGAUACAGCAGAGUGGACCACUCUAGUGUCAGAUUCUCAGGAAGAUAAAAAAAAUUCAAGGCCGAGACCACGAGCUGGACACUGUGCCGUUGCGGUCGGCACUCGACUGUACUUCUGGAGUGGAAGAGAUGGCUACAAAAAAGCCCUCAAUAGUCAAGUGUGCUGCAAGGAUCUCUGGUAUCUCGAUACUGAGAAACCACCAGCACCAUCCCAAGUCCAGCUGAUCAAAGCUACUACCAACUCUUUCCACGUCAAGUGGGACGAAGUGCCGACGGUCGAGGGCUAUCUCUUGCAGUUGAAUACUGACUUGCCGUACCAAACUGCAUCACCUGAUUCUUCAGCAGCACCAAAUACGCUAGGAGGCAGGAUGGACCCUCAGAGACAAGGCAGUAAUAGCAUCCUUCAGAACAGUGUUAGUGAUACAGUAAACAGUGCAAAAACUGAGCACACAGCCAUGAAGGGGACCUCACUGAAAAGCAAACCAGACUUCAGAGCAGCCGACUCUAAUGCUGGCUUGCAUUCGCCUUUGGCGCCUAAUGCUCCUCAUAACAACAGCUGUGUGGCAGAUAUGCUCUGGAAGAGUGAAGUUGAUGAAAUAUGUGCUCGGCCUGCAACUAAGAUCAGCCGUGUAGAGGUGCAUGCUGCAGCAGUGCCGUUUUCUAAAGAGACACCUUCAAAUCCAGUGGCCAUUUUGAAAACAGAACAUCAAUGGUGUGAUGUGGGAAUUUUUAAAAACAACACCGCUUUGGUGAGCCAGUUUUACUUGCUGCCAAAAGGAAAACAAAGUAUGUCAAAGGUAGGAAAUGCAGAUGUGCCUGACUACAGUUUACUAAAGAAACAGGAUCUUAUUCCUGGAACAGUUUAUAAAUUCAGGGUUGCUGCAAUCAACGGUUGUGGAAUAGGCCCUUUCAGCAAAAUCAGUGAAUUUAAAACAUGUAUCCCUGGCUUUCCUGGAGCUCCUUCUACAGUCCGGAUUUCCAAGAAUGUCGAAGGGAUCCACCUUUCCUGGGAGCCUCCAACUUCACCUUCUGGAAACAUUUUGGAAUACUCAGCCUACUUGGCUAUUCGCACAGCACAGAUGCAAGAUAAUCCAAGCCAGCUUGUGUUCAUGAGGAUCUACUGUGGCCUGAAAACCUCAUGUGUCGUGACUUCUGGGCAACUUGCAAAUGCACACAUUGACUACACGUCUAGACCUGCUGUUGUGUUCCGGAUAUCGGCCAAGAAUGAGAAGGGCUACGGACCAGCCACGCAAGUUCGGUGGCUUCAAGGUAACAAUAAGAAGGCUCCUUUGAGUUGAGUUGUUUUUAUUAACGCUGUUGUGAUGGUUAUUUAUUAGUAACUGGUUAUGAAGAUGUGUUCUUUGAGAGUAUUCUCUGACUGUAUUUCUAGCAGUUAUGAAUUUGAGUUUGUAAAUUGUUCUUCAAAUGUAUUUGCUCACUUCUAGAUCCCAAUAAAAAUAGAAAGAAGCAAAGACUGAAAAUUAGUAUAUGGAUUCUUCCUUACCCAUGUAGCUACUCAUAAAGAAAAAAAUAGCAAAGCAAAGAUAAAAGCUGUAAGGUGCAUUGCCCCUUAUCUUUUAUGAAGGCUCUGUAACUCAGUCGCCCUACAGCGACUGAGUUGAGUCUAGGAAGUGGCUGUUGUAGGCCUUGCUGUGGCGAAGGUGGGCCCCGUGGUAAAUGCCCUUCAGCUCUGCCCAGGAGCAGGUGCUCUUCCACCAGCUGCUGCCCAGUGCACAGGUUUUCUGCACUGACCUUAGUAGCCACUUUAUUCCCUUAUUAUAGUUCUCGCAAGCUUAAGAAAUUAAAAGGAAAAGACAAGCUCAGGAACUCUGUUUUUAUUUCCUGAGAAUCAUAGCAAACUAUGAAAAUGAUAGUGGCUAGUCUUCUAUAUAUGACCACUAUAUCUGAAUAUAUCUUCAGCUAAAGCACUCAACCUGUCUGGCCCUUAAUACCUGCACUAGCAGGUGAAGGUCCUUUCAGCUCUCAACUGUGUUUCCCCUAGAAGUUGGGUGCAGCCUGCACACUGUGCUUGUCAGCAGCAGUCUUCCUGGCUGUCCAGCUGUGCUCUCCGUCACUUCAGUAGAAAGCAGAGCGUGUCCUCCUCUUGAAGAAAUAAGCACCUUAAUAGGACACAAGUUUUUAAAUAGUGUUUUAAACAUUUGUAAGAUUUUUGUAAAUGCUCUAGAUGUUUUAUUUUUGCAUUAUUUUUACCUCAAAAUUGUUUACGCUUUUUUAUACCAGAAAUAAAAGCAUUAGACAGCCAGUCCAGGCUCCUGACCACCGAGAGAUGCAGAUAACCCUGUGGCCAUUGGCUGCAGAUGACUUUCUCUACACCUUCUCGAGUCUCAGUUUGACCGCAUAGUCAGUUUGGAAACGAAUAUGUGUAGAGCAAUAACUGCAGAAGAUAUUUCAGGCUGAGAGCUGCCGUAACUGUAGGAGCGCAGGUCUAGCUAGCUUGCUUUGCCACACAAUCUCAAUGCCAGUGUAGAGGGCUGAGCAGCUGUGCCCUCCAACUUUACAUAUGAUAUGCCCAGUGAAGAUGACUCUAAUUGUGAAGAAUUGAUAUAUAUGCCAGUUACUAACUUAAAGUGUAUAGAAUAUUUUAAUAUAUGAUUUUUGUAAAGACUGGGAUUUUUAUACUACAGUAUUUGUAAUUAAUGCGUCUCACUAAUUAAAUUUCUCUUGAAGAAAAUAUGCAAAUUGUUAGACACACGAGUGGUCUCUGAGCUCUGGCGAUAAAGACAAACGCACUCGUCUGGUGUUGGUAGGAGGCCUUUCUGGGGCACAUGAAUCCUUAGUCAUUAAAUGGGUACUUUCCAAGCAGUAUUUACAGGGAGCACCUCUGGUUGGUCAUCUAGCAGCUCCCGUGGGGAGAGUCACCCCGCCUUCAUUUCACGUGUGUGCUUUGCUUUGGGCAGUGCUUGCUUUUUGCACUAGUAGACUUUGAACUUACCUCACUGUUAUGUUUAUAGUCAUUUGUGUAGCUUCCAUGAUGUGUUUGAUAGAAGCUAAACAUGUCUUAACCAAAGUUACAUGGUAUGUAUGCAGAUUUGCACAUAGGGAGUGGCAGGCUUUGUUGUAUGCGUGUGCUCAGCUUAGAAGAAUAGCCAGUUACAGGAAGUGUAUGCUUCAAGACCAAUUACUUUACUAGAAAAUCUUGUCUUUCAAUCCCUAUUCUCUGCAUUAACAGUUUACAUCUUGAAACAUUUAUCUUAUUGUUGAGGAAUAAAAUUGAUGUAAAGCAGACUAGAAUGUUGGUUUUGUGUGUGCACUUUUUUUUUUUUAUCUAUUUAGUAUGUGACAUAGUUUAUUUUGCUUAAAGAAAUCUUCUAUUCUAGACCAGGAGACAGAUAGGAGCCCAUGGUUCUAACAUACAAUUUGCUUCUUUGACAAAAGAGUGGCCUUUAUAUACCAAGCGAUUUGUUAAAAUAAUAAAUCUUUUUUUCCUUGAGAAUUGCCCAAAUUGUAUCUUUUUCAUCAUUGGCCUACUUCCUUAAGCAUAAGUCAUGUUCGUUUCUGUAAUGGGACUGGUGACUGAAGGAUGCGCUUUAGCAGGUGUGUGUGGCUUUAGUGUUGUUAGCAGAUGCUGCAUAGGACGUGUCACGCCGGCACAGGCAUGGAGCUCACGAGCACGCGCACACUGUGAAGCUGUGGUCUGCAUCAUGCAGACUUGGUUUUCUUUUCCCACAUCUCUUCCUCCUUCCUCUUUUUUUCCCUUAGUGUUGGGGAUUGAACUUGGGUCCCCGGGCAACUAGGCUGGUGCUCUACACCAAGCUACACCCCACCCAGGCAGAUAUCUCUUACUAAGAGGAUCGACAUCAAGUUAAAUUUCUUUCUUUCCUCUGCGAGCUGCAUAACCGUCUGUUUCACAGCCUCUGUCCUGUGUUCUGGACUUUGGUUCAAAUAGGAAGUAAAAAUAGCGCAUGCUCUUAGAAUUAUGUUUUCUAAAAUAUUGUAUUGACUUUAUUUUAGCUUAGCAAAUUAUUUUGUCAAUUUAACUAGAAAUAAGUUAUAUAUAAACUCAAUCUGUAUUUAAAGAUUCAAAUCUAAUUGCAUGUAUGAGGCACUUUUGCCCUGUAAUCCAAUUACAUGUAUAAUAAUCAUCUGUAGAGAAGUAAAACUGUUGAUCAGUUAUUUCAAAGACUUGUAGACUGCUUGAGUAUGUGCUGUAACAGGACUUUUAUUUUAAAGUGAUAGCACUUAUAACAUGACCGUUUGCUCCAUUCUGUCGGGAGUGGUCAGUGUUUGGAGCUCCUGUAGUCAUCUACUCCCCAUGGAGAGACCGGAAGUAGGCUUGGCUUUGCCGUCUGAGGUGGGACUGUUAUUUCCUAGGACUGAUUUUAGGCAGUUCUCUGUAUUGUGUACCGAUGAUAUGGAAAAUAAAUGCCCCUUUUCUAUGAACAAUUAGAAAUGUUAUUAUUUCUUUUGAGUGAUGCAGAGUAGUGGUGGCAGAGCCAGUCUGUGGGAUGCUGAUGCGUGUGCCGUUCACUUGAACACAAAGGUAGUCUCAGCUGAAGAUGGACGGUCUAGAAACUGAAGUUAGAUAGUGGGCAGGAGUCAUUUUCUCCAAGAUUUGAUGCUCACUUGCCCCCUACUGUGUUACAAUUGUGCUGAGCUGUGUGCAGGUAAACAGACAGAUGGCUCCAAGAAAAGUCUAGACUUGUCUCCCCUUUGGGGUCUUCUGUACUUGUGGAGCUGUCUUUCCUUUAAGCUUCUCACCCUUCUUGGUUCACAGCAGCCAGGUCUAUCCUGCUACUCCGUUGAGCUGGCUCUAACAAAAACCAGGCAGAAUGCCACAUUUUCAGAUCUAGGAGGCUCUCUCCUUGCAUUGCAUCUUGGCGUCUGCACAGCUCCUCACGUCUGUGAUGCACAUCUGUCGCUCUUUACUCUUCGUCCUGUCUGCACUCCACGUUUCCACUCCUGCCACUUCUAUGAACUCGACCAUCCUGACCACACUUUCCCUGGCCUCCUCACCUCACGGAGCUCCAGCUGCUGCGCAGUCUCAAGAACGUUGUCCCCUUAGUUGUUAGCAUUGUCCCUUUCUGGUCUCUGAUGGUGGGUGUUUGCACAGAGACUGGGUUUUCAUGCUCUUCCAUCCUGGGCCAUUAAUAGCACGUAAAUAACUGAACAGGCUGGUGAAGACAUUGGCCACCCUUGGAGUCUUCCGUUCCCCAGUCUCAAGCCAUGAUCAGAAUGGGGUGGUUCAGGGAGAGUGGCUCUAGUGCAUUUAUGGCACUGGGGACAUGGACGUUUCAGCUUUGUCUUGCCUUACCCUGCACUGGGUUCCUAACUAAGGAACCUACAGGAUAAAUAACGGGUUGAGGAGGGUCUAAUCUUCAGUUGUUUGAGGAUGUAAUGAGAUCGGUGGGCAUAGAGACACUAGAAGAUCAAAAUGAUCUAGAAAUUUGUUAGACCUAAAAAUCUCUUGGUUUUGUUGUCUUUUUGUAUAUUUUUUGUUUUGAGACAGGGUCUCACUGUGUAGCCCUGCCUGUCCUGAAACUUACCAUGAAGACCAGGCUGUCCUUGAACUCCCAGAGAUCUGCCUGCCUCUGCCUCCUGAGUGCUGAGAUUGAAGAAGUGCGCUACCACAUGGGGCAGAAAUCAGUCAGUUGUUCUGACACUAGAAAGCUAGGUAGCGGUUUAAGCACAGAGAGCUGCUGGGGACUGCCGGCUGGCUUAGAACUGCACUCCUGCUGCUCUCUGGGGCGGGCGGGCCAGUGUCGGUCCUUGAAAGCUUGCUGGGCAUGCUACUGCUGCCUUUCAUUCCAUAACCUAGGCUCACCUGGAACUCCUGGCAGUCCUCUGCCUCUCAGGUGCUGGCUUACAGGCCUGAGUCACCGCACUUGAUUUAAGGGAAGCAAGAUGCCCUUGGCUUCCUUCCUUCAGGUAUAGUUAGAAUUGUCCUUGUAUAUUUCUGUAACUACAAUGUAUUAUUCUGAUCAUGCAUGGAAAAACAGACUGUAGUGUCCUGGAAGAAAUAAAAAGAGGUCUGUGCAGGGAAUGAAAGCUGUAAAAUCUCAGGACAGUUAACCUCCUGAUUCCAAACGGCUCUCUACCUCCCUAUCCGUGUGCUGCUCUGUCCUUGGCAGAACUAAAAUUUAAGAGAAAGAAAAUGUAUACUUGGGGAGGUGUCCCGAUCCUAACAGGUUGAUCUAGUAAAACAAAGCAUGGCAGGUGCUUGGCAGUUUGGAAGUUCCCAGUGUUUGAUGCAUUCCAGUUGUCCAUUCCAAUUCAAUGUGAUGAGAUUCUGGGUUGUGCAGCCAGCGAGGUGUGUGCACACGUGUGUUGUUGGUGGGACAGCCACAGCAGCUCCCGCUACUGGUGUUAGGUAGAGCUGAGUGUUGCUGCCAUGACUAGUCUGCCCUGAACCACUCCAUAAACCAAGCAGAGAAAAACUUCAGCUGCUGAUGGCUUCAGUACUUCAAGAGCUCUUUUGUUUUUCAGAUUUCUGAAUUGAAGACCAGAUUUUUUAGUGAAUUCCCUGAACUAGGAGAAAUAGUACCUUAACUGCUGCAAGCCCAUAAAAUGGCACAGACAGGGGUGAUGUUGGCAGACAGUCUCUAGAAAUAGGUGAUGUUGACAUUUUUUGACACCCAGAAGGAAGCUGUCCUGUAGGGAGGCAGUUGAGAAUGGCUCUGUGUGGCCCAGGUUGUAGACACUUAGCCUACAAAUGCACAAUCAGGAAACAGCAUUCAGUAAGGAGUUUACCCUUUACCUUACCCUAGGCUAGCUCAGACCUUGUGCAGUCCAGGCUGACCUUGAACUUGCAGCCCCACUAGGCAGGGUUCAUUAUCUGCUAUACAGAAAGAAUUACACACAGUGAGAAAAGUUCUCAUGCAAGGAUGAGUGGUGGCUGUGGGCUGGUGUGGAAGGGCAAGGUUGUAGUUCUGUAAACUCACUGGCUCUGCCUGCUCCCGUGAAGAAUCGUCCACACUUGGUUGUCUUGUAUGUUACGGACUUGCCCCUUGAUGGUUGCACAGCGGUGACUGAAGAGCGAUGCCGUGUUUGGUGGAGUUUUGUGAAACAGUGCAUGCCAACCAUAAACCGUCUGGGUGGAAAGGUAAAACGACGAGACUUGUCAAGCUUCACUUAGAAGCAGAGCGUUCUUCACGCCUAGAAAUCUCUCUGCCCCAUCUCCUCUCUCUUCAUACACACCAUACAGUGUACAUGCUCUGGAUUUGUUUCUAGUAAUUAUUUCUGUGCUUUCACUUGUAGCUCUAUCAUACAUGUGUAUGCUCUAAAUAAAAUGUUUAGAUUUACCUGGUUUUGGACUUGUUUGUAAGAGUAAUCAUGACGUAUGUAUUCUCCUGUGACAUACUUUUCUGGUAUUUUUUCAAAACUUACAUCCAUGUUUAUGCACAUGCCUGUAUUUCAUGUUUCAUUGCUACAUAAUAUUCCAUUGUAUUACUGUUGUACAGUUCUAUCUGCUCUUCUGUCUACCAGGGUUGGGUUUAUUGCUUUCAGUUUUCGCUACUGCAGACAGUGCUGCUGUGGACACUGUGCCCACCUGCAAUGUAAACCUGUGUUCCUUGCUGUACUCAGUGUUGAGACCAUGACUGACACAGGACAGACCCUCAAUAAAU